UGAAAUACGCCGCUUUAGGGCUUCUUGCAGCACAAGACAAGAAGCCCCGGUCAUUCCUUCUCCAAACUCGGCGUUACGGUCGUUCUCCGAGUUCAAGGUCUGCUUGCAGUACAAGAAGCACCGAUCUCUGGAUUCAGUCAUUCUUUCUCCAAGCGUUGUGUUUCGUUUGGUCGUUCUCCGAGUUCAAGAGUUAAUAGGAGUUUCGGUAGCUAUCUAAGGUGUCAUUGCCUCCCUGAGAUUGCAUUGGAAUCCUAGAUGUCUGCAUCAGAGGAAGAAAUUUCAAGGCUAUUCAGAAUCAGAAAAACAGUGAUGCAGAUGCUGAAGGAUAGGGGUUACUUUGUUGGAGAUUUUGAGAUCAAUAUGACAAAGCAUCAAUUUGUGAGCAAAUUUGGUGAAAACAUGAAGAGAGAGGACCUUGUAAUCAAUAAAGCAAAGCGAACUGAUAGCUCUGAUCAGAUUUAUGUUUUCUUCCCCGAAGAACAAAAGGUUGGUGUUAAGACAAUGAAGACCUACACCAAUCGCAUGAAAUCGGAGAAUGUCUUCAGAGCAAUUUUGGUUGUUCAACAAAAUUUGACUCCCUUUGCUCGAACUUGCAUUAACGAAAUAUCAACAAAAUUCCACUUGGAAGUUUUCCAGGAGGCAGAAUUGUUGGUCAACAUCAAAGAACAUGUUCUUGUUCCUGAGCAUCAGGUGCUGACCAGUGAGGAGAAGAAGACUUUGCUGGAGAGGUAUACCGUGAAAGAAACACAGCUACCUCGAAUUCAGGUGAGCGACCCGAUUGCAAGAUAUUUCGGGCUGAAGCGAGGACAAGUUGUAAAGAUAAUUCGUCCAAGUGAGACUGCAGGUCGAUACAUCACCUAUCGAUAUGUGGUAUGACUUGUUAUUACUCAUUAAGAAUGAAGGGACUUUUUGUUGAGGCUAGUGUGAGUGAAAAGCUUAUUCCAGAUGUAUUGUUAAGGCGAAUUCAUGGCUCCUUGACUCAUAUAUGAUAUAUAACAAUCAUCCAUGUAACAUAUACACAAUGGCGUUAUGUCAGUUGAACCAAAAUUAAUUUGAUGAGUAUGUCAUGUGACCAGUGGCAUCAUGGUUUA